ACCCACCACGCUGUCAUUACUGUGUUUUUGUUAUUGUUGUAUCUAGGUUCGGAAAAGGACUGUCAAGUUGAGGCAUAGCGGAUUGUCGACGCUGUGUAGAGUUUUCUUUUAUUUCCUUUUGAAACAGGUGGACUGCAGUUUCAUCUGAUAGAUUUCGUGAUUUUUAAAAAAGCUGCGAUCAACGCAAGAUCCUUGCAGAGGUGCAGGUGGUUGUGCCAUGGAUACAGCCAGGAAGGUGGAGUUUCGGAAUGUGGGGCGGAGCUACUUCCCCCAGAGCCGAGUGGAAUGCCAUUAUACCCUCAGCCCUCUGCACAGCUGGGCCAGCAGUGACUGGGUUGGCCUGUUUAAGGUGGGGUGGACUUCAGUGAGGAAUUACCACACCUUUGUGUGGGCCCUGGUUCCAGGAGGCUACAAAGAGGGAACCAGUGCUAACUGCUGCGUACACUUCCAAGCCUCGUACCUGCCCAGGCCUGGUCCGGAGGCGUAUCAGUUUGUGUAUGUGGACGCCAAGGGGACCCCGUGCGCUCACAGCUCCCCCUUCACCUUCUGCGCCCCCAAACCGAUGGAGGACCUGGUGACCCUGGAGGAGGAGCUGCAUGGGGAGGAGGAAGUGGGGGACCUGCUGAUGGUCAUACCCCGGGCUGAGCUCCUACAGAGCCGUCUACAGGAGUGCCUGCAGAAGAGAGCGGAGCUACUCCAGGCCCGGGAGGUGGCAGAGAGGGGGCAGGAGAGAGAGAAGGAGAAGAGAGCGAAGGAGAAGAAAGAGUGGGAGAGAGUGAGGGAGCAGCUGGAAGAGGACAUCCGAGAUCUGCAGGAGAGCCUGAGGCAGAGCAGAGAGACUGUGCAGGACCUGGAGAACAAACAGCAGGAGAUGCAGUCCUCUCAGGAGGCGGUGAUCACGGAGAACGAUGACCUAUUGGCCGAGAGAGCAGACAGCCAGCGGCAAAUCAGAGAGCUGGAGGAGGACAUCAAAGCCCUAACACACAGAGGGCUGGAGAAGGAGGCUGAACUGGAGAGGAUGAAGGAGAGGAUUAAGAAGAUGACUACUCAAAGGAAAGGGGAGGAUGAGGAGCGAAAAAGACUGCAGAGCAAGCUGGAGCAGACGGAGGAGGAGCUGCGCAGCCUGUCUGCAGAGUUUCAGAGCCUGCGCAGCUGCCUGGCCCAGAGAGACACGCAGAUCCUGCUGCUGAAAGACUGCAUCACCACCCUGACGCACAGACUCAACUCCGCGCAGAAGAAAGAGGCGGAGGGCGAGGCGGCCAUGUCGGAGCUGCGGGGCGUGCAGGAGAGGCUGAGCUCCAGCGAGCGGGUGGUGGAGGGCCUGAAGGCGGAGCUGAGCAGUCUGGCGGUGCAGAGGGACCGCGGGCAGACGGAGCUGCACCAGGCCCGCAUGCAGGCCGCCCAGCUCACCCUGCAGCUCGCCGAUGCCAGCCUGGCCCUGCGCGAGGGCCGCGCCAACUGGGCGCAGGAGAGAGAGACCCUGCAGCACAGCGCAGAGCUGGAACGAGAGCGGGUGGAGAAGCUGAUUGAGGAGGUGCAGCAGAAAGUGGAGUGGCUGCAGGAGGAGAAGAUGGAGAGAGAGAAGGUGGAGGUAGAGCUGGGAAGAGAGAAGGACUGUAACAGGGUGCAGAUGAGUGAGGUGCGCAGGGAGCUGCAGGAGCUGAAGACCGGUCUGCAGGUGUCUCAGAAGGAGAAGGAGCAGUUGAUGCUGAUGAAACAGGAGCUCAUGGAGUACAUUCGGCAGCUGGAGCAGAGAUUGGAUGCUGUGGCAGAUGCCAAGUGGAGCGAGUCAGCGUUCUCCUCCAGCCGUCCUGACAGCCCGCUGUCUGACUCUGAGGAUGAGAACCCAGAAGCCCUCCAGCCCACGCGUCCCCCCCGGCCCCUGGGGGCCUACGGCCUGUGUGACCCCCCCCACCCCGAUGCCCUGCUCCUGGCCACUCCACCACCGUCGCCACGAGAACUGACCCGGGGGGGCGUGGUUAUCAGCCAGCCUGCCCCUCUCUCCUCUCCACGACAACCGGGCACUGACACACUGACACACAGUUCAGAGUCGGAAGAAGAGGAGCAGGACACACCCAAGACCAGGGACCAGUACUCUGGGGAGGAGACUGCCGCACUACUGCCCCAAUACAACGACAUCAUCCUGAGGGAGCUGACUGACUCCCCUCUGUGGUGAGGAACAAAACUGCAGCUGCACAACCUGUGAUCACCAGCAGGAGGCGAUGGAAUGUUUCCACAACUCUUACAUUUGUAUACACCACACACACCCGUACACCUGCAUACAAUCAAUAUACAACAUACAGUGUGUAAACCUUCAGCCUCACUGAGCACAGUCAACAUUACCCACUGCCACACCCACACAAACACUAGCAUACUGUAAUAUAUGUACUGACAACACACAUCAACAGCUGUGCAGCCUUUUUUACGGAAAGACAUACUAGCAAAAUGUACUUGUUUUCCUGUGUGUGUGUGAGAGAGUAUGUGCAUGCACGUGUGUCUGUGUGUGCAUAUAUGCGUGUUUGUGUGUGUGUGAGAGAGUGCGUGCAUGUGUGUGAGUAUGUGCAUGCACGUGUGUCUGUGUGUGCAUAUAUGCGUGUUUGUGUGUGUGUGUGAGAGAGUGUGUGUGCAUGUGUGUGUCUCCCAUUUGAAUAAAGUUUUAACUGGUUUUAGAUUUGACUGCAGCCUGCACCUGCCUCUACAGUUAUAGAAACCUUCAUAAUUGCAAUAAGUAACAGUUGCUAUCACCAGCUCAGUGGUUUCCGUCACAUUCUCUAAGGGUUUGUGCUUUUUUUUAUCUGCACAUUUAAUUGUAUAAUCCUUUCUUGCUAUUCAUGCUUUGUGUAACCAUUUGAUUUUGAGAUCUAGUUCUUGAUCGUGAUGGGAGUCGUGGAGAGAAGUUGCCAGAGAACAGAAGGAAGGGGGGGGGGGGGUUGCGAAUCCGAGUGAAAGUAUGCAAUGAAAGAAGGACUUUGGAAACAGGACAGAGAAAGGAGGUACGCCUGAAGCUAUGCUUCAAGACUGAGGCUUCAGAAAACCUGUAAAGGGCGGGGCUACUGCGGGCUGUCACGUACUGACACGCGCGGUCCAAUGACGACUGCCGAAAGCUACUGUAGGGUGAAAACCAAUGAGCUUGUGGUAGUGCCCAUGCCCACGGUGGGGUUCUGCUGCCUCAGUCUCCUGUCUCAUAAAAGCCCCCUUUCUCUGGAUCUGUACUGUCAGUGUGGUGCACAGGACAGUGACGCUGUGGUCGAUGUCAUUUAAGGGGAUAGACGCGAUGUGGCCACGAACGGGUUCAGGCGGCAACGUUCAAAUGAUCUGCAACGUCGACUCGCCGUCCGGCUCUUGGGCCGGCUGGCCCCACAGGCCCCCAAACCCUCUUCGGAUUCCCAUUAACCCUUAGAGGUCAUUGGUGGGAAAAGAAAAACGUAAAACGAUGCCUCCACUAAAUCACUUCGGCACUUUUUAAAUGUUAUUGUUCGUGUGGGGACGUGCGUGCGGGGGCUGUUUGUGGAGAUCGGUGAGUAGGGCCCGUGCUGCAGUUAAGCUCGAUGUAAGUUCAUGGAGACUGGCAUCUUAACUGUAGACCCUGGCUGCGGUCGUAUAACGAGAGCUAUAACCUAGCGUAAUGAAAGUUAGGAUUCCGGUGGGAUACAAACAUUGAUUUUUAAACAAAUACAAAUUGUUCUGAAUACAUCACGACGGCGACAUUUAACUCGAAGCAAAAUGCCUUUGAAUGUGUUCCUUUUUCUGGGGCUGCUUUGCUCGAUAUACGGUGACUCAUAACGAUGGUGAUCACUCCGCUGCUCGAAAUGCGUGCCUCAUCGCACAAAAGCUAAAGAAAUUAGCACUAUGAAGCAAAGCUUGAGCAUGUAACGAAAAGACAUGAGAAACUGCAGUGGCAGGGCACAUUGGGUGGGUGACAGGGCACUUUGGUUGGGUCCUUUGAGUUGGCAUGAGGUUACAUCACCCCCACAGUAGGUACUCACCGGAGGUUUUCUGCUUGUCGUCAGUGAGCGAGUGAUUUGCCUGUACUUCCAUCAGUCCUUCUGUAGCGCCCGCUGUCGUUAGGAAUACAGACACCGUCUCGAGGGUGAGCUCAUCAGUGAGGUUCAUGCAAAACUGCAGUUCCAAACUGGAUAACAGAGGUUAACGGAUCCCAGCCCUUCCCCCCGUCCCACCCCCAAAAAUUAAAUACAAAAAUGAACUAAAUGAAAGGGAAAACUGAGGUUGCAGGUCAUUUCGGAGUUGCUGUAGCCUCGUCUUCAUUGGAGCGUCUCAACGUGACGCGUGUAACUGCCCGUGCGUCGCACUGAUAGCGGGAUGUGGCGGGUAACGUAGCAUUGCCAGAGCGUGAAUCACACGCGCACGGACUGAAUGGUGAAAAGGCUGCUCGUAAGGGUGCUGUGGAGUUUAGCACCAGAGGUUCUGUCAGGAAAAAAAAGCAUUACUGGGUUUUUGAGGGGAAGAUCUGUUUCACUUUCUUUUUUUUUUUUAGCAACUUACAUGAUGGUUUUUAUUGAGCUCGACAUUUACUGUACGUUGCUCCUAUUUUUACCGCUAGAAAAAUAUUUAUGUAUAAAAUCUUGGAUAAUUGCACAUUUAUGACUUCAUGUAGGCUGCUUGCAGAUUUAUAUACUGUUAUCUACUAGUUCUGUAGUGCAUAUAUUACUGUUCUGUUCAUUUCUGCAUUCUUAGGUUUCCUUCAUUUUAUUUGAUUUGUCUGUGUGUUGGCAGUUGUUUUUUUGAGUUUGUUUGCUUUUUCCUUUUUGAUUAUUGUAGCGGCUUUUCUGUUGAUCUCUCUCAGAGAAAAUACCAAAAUAGGUUUGUAGCAUCACGGGUGGUCCAACUGCUUUUUCUGAAUUCACAAAACAAAAAAACAAAAAAAAAACUCCCAUUUUCUGUUAAGAGACCACACAUUUUCGUGGCCCUACCAGUUUGACAGUGUGCGACUGCAUCCAGGAGAUAGCGUUAUUGGUGCUAUUAGAACAAACUGAAAGGAACAGGAAAACCCCUCAGUGCAGGUAGACCACCUCUGUGCAUAAAAAUAACUCCUCCUCGACACCCAGCCUGGUCGUUUCCGUCUGUGGCAAACAUGAUGGCUAUUCCUGCGACAUACUGAAACUGCGAGACAAGCCGAUUUGUCAUCCGCCCAUUUCAUCUUCGACUAUUAGUAUCUCAAAAGUUCCCUUUUCAUAACAGCCCCGGUACACCGUGAGCCAACAAAGUUUGCUAAUCAAGUUAUUGCAAUUUGAGGAAUUUAAUUCCUCAUUAUUAUCACAAGAGAAUAUUUAAUGUCAAUUUCUGUUCGUUAUAUUCGCUAAAAUGACACCGUGGAGGUAACUCAGAUCCGUAUGGAGUUCAGCAUUGGCCAUGCUGUGGACGGCGUACUUUUGUUUCUGCGUCGUCCUUUGCGCACUACUUCCCCGGGGUUCGGGAAAAGCUCCACGUUUGCCUUCACGGCUUUUUGGGUUUGCGGUGUCCCUUUAUCCGCACAGACGGGGGCGUUCCUUCGCUCCAGCGUUGAGGAGCACAGUACUGUAUCACAGAGGUGUGCUAGCCUGUAGCAGCCUGUUCAGCACAGCAGGGCCCUGCACAUUUUGGGUUUGUUUGUUUUUUUUUUUGACAGAGUAUACCUUGCUCUCCAAAAUGUAUUUUCUAAGCUCCAAUAUCCAAUACUGUGCAGUGUGGAGGGUAAGUCUCUGGAUUAAAAUACUAUCUAUGUAUCA